CCCGGAGGUGGCGGGAUGCAUUCGCUCUUCAAGAAACGAAACAAGGGGAAAUACAGCCCUACCGUCCAGAAGAAGAGCAUUUCCAGCAAGGAACUGUCGGAGCUGAUCGAGAAGCUACAGAAAAAUGCCGACCAGGUGGAGAGGAACAUUGUGGAAGCAGACACCAAAAUGCAAAACGAUCUACACAAACUUAAGGCCGGCCAGCCUGCCAGGUUUCAGGACUACACGUCAGACAAGCUGAUACAAUCCGACAAGCUCCUCUAUGUCCUGGACGGAGACGCGGCUGUCGCGCGGCACAUGAAACACCCGCAGGGGGAAAUGAUCUCGGAGGACAUCCGGCAGCUGAAGGAGAGGGUGUCCAACCUGCGCAUGAAACACGACCAGAUCUACAACUUCACCCCGCAGGAGAUCGAACCGCAGGUCGACUGGUCCGCUGUGAUCGAGGAGAAGCAGGAGAAACUGCAGAGCCAGGGCUUUGAGACCGACUUGCCGUCUGUCAACGGGCAGGUGGAAGAGCACAACAUCUUCCACAACGAGGUGAUGGCUGUUGGACCGCACAUCAGCAAGGAGGGAGACAAGGAAUACAUGAGCGGGCUGCAGAUGAAAUAUCAGAAAUUACUGUCAGCAUCUCAGCAGAGGCAACAGGAUUUGAAUUCGCUGCAGGAUUACAUGCAGCGCUGCACCAACAAGCUCUACUGGCUCGACCAGCAGGCGAAGGACCGGAUGCAGUACGACUGGAGCGAUCGCAACCUCGACUACCCCAGCCGGCGCCGUCAGUACGAGAAUUUCAUCAAUCGGAAGUUAGAAGAGAAAGAAGAUGCCAUCAAUAAGCUUCACAAAGACGGGGAUAAUCUGCUGGCUCAAAACCACCCUGGGAAGAUCCCCAUUGAGGCUCACGUGGAGGCGGUCCACGCCGACUGGAAGGAGUAUCUCAACCUGCUCAUCUGUGAGGAGAGCCACCUCAAGUUUAUGGAGGACUACCAUCAGUUUCAGAAAGAUGCGAAAGAUGCCCAGGACCUGCUCAGGAAAGUGGACACAGACCUGGACCAGAAGUACAGCCCAGAUUUCAAGGACAGAUUCCAAAUCGAAUCUUUGCUACGGGAACUGGAGGACCAAGAGAAGGCCUUGGAUAAGUACGAAGAUGUGGUGAAGUCCCUGCAGAGACGCAGCCAGCAGGUGCUCCCGCUGAAGUAUCGCCGGGAGACGCCCCUCAAGCCCAUUCCGGUGGAAGCUCUCUGCGACUACGAAAACGAGCAGUGCCAGAUCGCUCGCGGAGCCACCUACAUGCUGCAGAAGAACAACGGUGACCUCUGGGAGGUGGCGGACAGCGCAGGAACCAUCAUCACCGCCCCCGGCGUCUGCUUUAUGAUCCCCCCUACAGAUCCGGAAUCGCUGGCCGUCACCGACAACAUCUCCGGACAGUAUCAGAGCGUGAAGCAGAAGACGGCCGGCACCAAGACCCUUCUGCAGCAGCGGCACGACAACAUGAAGGCGGACAGCAUCGGAGACGCAGUGUCCAUACAGGGGCGGCAGCUGCUGGCGGGGCUGGAGAAAGUGAACAGCGAGUUAGACAAACAGGAGAAGGCCAUCACGGCAAACCUGCGUCCUCCGCUGGAGCAGAGCCGGGCCGUGCAAGACAGCGCCGAGCGUUCCAAGGAGCUGAAGAACAUCACCAAUGAGCUCCGGCGCAUCGAGCCCGAGAAAGCGCGCAAGAUCAAGGAGUGCGAAGCCUUCACCGGUUCGGUCCCUGACACGGGCAGCGCCACCUUGCUCAAGAACCGGGCGGAGGAGACCAACAACAAGUACAACCACGUGGUCCAGCUGCUGAGCGCCGCUCAGGAAAAAGUUGACGUGGCCAAUCGCCUUGAGAAGAGCCUGCAACAGGGGAGAGACCUGCUUUCCGGCUAUGAGAACAAGCUGGCAAUCGAGGAUACCAUCCCGGAAGACGUCCGGGCCCUGGACCGCAAAGACGAGGAGCUGCAGAUGCUGGGCUCGGAGCUGCAGUCCCACCAGCCCUUGCUGAACGAGGCGGAGCAAGACUUGCAGAGGGCCAAGAAGUGCUCCAGCGCCCUGGCCAACCGGUUCCAGGAGCACUGCCCGGACAUCGAGCGCCAGGAGGCCGAGCUUCACAAGCUCAACCAGAGGUUCGGCAACCUCAGCAAGCAGAUCGACCACAGGUCUCAGACCCUCCAGAAAGCCAAAUCAGCCUAUUUCGACUACCGCGCCGGCUACGACAACCUGAGCCGUUUCCUUUGCAACGUGCCCAACUAUGAGCCGCAAGAAACCGACACCGUGGCCAAUGUGGAAAGCAAGCUGAAGAGCCAAAGGGCCCUGCUGGGAGAAAUUGCAAGCCGAGAGCAAGAAAUCUAUCGGGUCUCCACGGACGCUCAGCGCUACCAGCAGGCAGUGAAGGACUACGAGCUCGAAGCGGAGAAACUGAGAUCCAUCCUGGACCUGGAAAACGGCCGCAACGGGUUCAUGAGCAAGAGACCCAGGCUCCAGUCUCCUGCUGCAAAAGUGAAAGAGGAGGAAGCUCACCUGGCUGCCAAGUAUACGGAAGUGAAUGCUGUCAACAGACAGAGGUUACAAAACUUGGAGUUUGCCCAGAGCCUCCUGAGACAGCAGCCAGAUGUCCACAUGACGCAGGAGUCGGUCAAGACCAGCCACUCUGAGAGGCCACUGGAGGAAAUCUGGAAGCUGAAGAAGGAGCUGGAUGACGAGAGCCAGCGGCGGCAGCAGCUAGAGGCGGAGAUCAAGGCCAUCCAGCAGAACAUCGUCCUGCUGCAGAACCAGAAGCCGCAGGAGUCGGUAGUCAGGAAGGAGGUGGUGAAAAAGGUGCCCGACCCGCAGCUGGACGAGAGCUUCCACAAGAUGCAGCAGAGCCUGGCCGAGGAGCAGCGGCACAACCAGGCACUGCAGGACGAGGUGGAGGGCUUGAAGCUCAAGCUGCGGGUCCUGGAGCGCGAGAGGAAAGAAGGCGGGCAGGAGUACGUGGUCAAAGAGGUCCUGAGGAUCGAGCCCGACAAGGCACAGGCGGAGGAGAUCCUGAGGCUGAAGGAGGAGCUGGAGGAGCUCAGGCGGCAGGAAGGGUCCCGGGAGAGCGAGACAGCCGCCCUGCGCAGGCAGGUGGCCGCUCUGUCCGAGGAGAAGAAUGUGGAGCAGGAGAAGGUGACUGAGAAGGAAGUAGUGAAGCUGCAGAACGAUCCCCAGCUGGAGACGGAGUACCAGCUGCUGCAGGAGAGCAAGCAGAGGGAGAGCGCCCUGAGGCAGCGCCAGGAGGAAGAGCUCCGCUCCCUGCAGGAGAAGCUGAAGCGGCUGGAGAAGGAGCGGGCCAUGGCUGAGGGCAAGAUCACCGUCAAGGAGGUGCUCAAGGUGGAGAAGGACCUGGCAACGGAGAGGGAGGUGAACGAGCUGCGGCGCCUAUACGAGGAGGAGAAGGCCAAGGGGCGCUCCAACGAGCGGGAGAAGGCUGAGCUGCUCCGCAAGAUCCAGGCCUUGGAAGAGGAGAAUGCCAAGGUGAUCGUCCAGGAGAAGGUGCGGGAGAUCGUGCGGCCGGACCCCCAGGCGGAGAACGAGGUGGCCAACCUCCGCCUGCAGCUGGUGGAACAGGAGGGGAAGCUCCGAGGCGGGGAGGAGCAGCUGAAGGACUGCCGGAGCGAGCUGGCUGCCCUGCGGAACCGGGGGCCCCAGGUGGAAGUGCAGGAGGUCAUCAAGGAAGUCAUCAAGUACAAGAACGACCCAGAGACCGAGGCGGAGCUGCAGCAGCUCCGGGACGAGAUCGUGGACCGGACCAGGGCCAUUGAGCGGGCGGACCUGGAGAUCUACCAGCUGAAGCAGGAGAUCGAGACGCUAAAGGGCGCCCCGCCUCAGGUCCAGGUGAAGGAAGUAGUCCAGGAGGUGCUGCAGUUCCGGGAAGACCCACAGACGCGAGAAGAGGUGGAGUCGCUGAGGGCCCAGCUGGCCGAAGAGCAGCGGAAGCACAUGGACCUGGAGCGGGACCGGAGGCGGCAGGAGGAGAUCAUCCAGCAGAAGGAGGAAGAACUUUCCCGUGUGAAGGAGAAGGUGGUGCAGCAGGAGGUGGUGAAGCUGGAGCAGGACCCCGCCCUGAAGGCCGAGGUCGCCUCCUUCUCCCAGAGCAUCGAGAAGGAGCUGAACCAGAUCGACACGCUCCGCGGAGAGAUGCGCAAGCUGCAGCGGAGGAGGUCGGAGCUGGAGCGGCAGCUGGAGGAGAUGGAGAAGGAGCGGCAGGCCCGCCGAGAGGCUGAGCUGGAAGUGCAGCGGCUGAGGAUGCGGCUGAGCGAGCUGGAGGAGCAGGAGCGGGAGACGACGGAGCGGGUCACCGUGAAGCAGAAGGUGAUCCUCCAGCAAGACCCGCAGCAGGAAAAGGAGCACGCCCUACUCAAGCUGGAGCUGGAGGAGGAGAAGCACCGGCGGCAGGUGCUGCAGGCGGAGCUGGAGGCCCUGCGGAAGAAGCUGCAGGCCCUGGAGAAGAUGGAAGUCAAAGAGAAGGUGGUCGUCUCCGAGAGCGUCCAGGUGGACAAAGGGGACACCGAGUACGAGAUCCAGAAGCUGAAGAAUAACCUGGAGGAGGAGAACCGGCGGAAGAUGGAGCUUGACGCAGACAUCAACAGGUUGGAGGCCAAGUUGUCCGAAGUGGAGUUCAACAACUCCAAGUCUUCCAAAGAGUUGGACUUUUUGAGGGAAGAAAACCACAAGCUGCACUUGGAGAAGAAGAACCUCUUGCUGGAGACGAGGAGGCUGCAGUCGGAGAUCGAGCUCACCAUGACGGAAGCCCGAGAUCUGCGGAACAUGUCGCAGGUGGACAGCAACCUGAACCUGGACUCCCGCUUCCAGUCUUUAGAACGAGAAUUGGAAGAACUGAAGAGGCUGUCUCAAGAGAAGGACGGGGAGAUCGAGCAGCUCCAAAACCGCCUCCAGACCGUGGCCAUCAAGCGGGAGCAGCGGGAGAACCACCUGAGGCGUUCCAUCGUGGUCAUAGACCCAGACACCGGCAAAGAGAUGUCCCCCGAGGAAGCCCACAAGUUCGGCCUGAUCGAGUGGAGCCUGUACGUCAAGCUGAAGAACCAGGAGUGCGACUGGGAAGAGAUCACCGUCAAAGGGCCCAGCGGCGAGUCUUCCGUCAUCCUCGACAGGAAGUCGGGGAGGAAGUUCUCCAUCGAAGACGCCUUGAAGAGCGGAAGGCUGACCCCUGCUCAGUACGACGGUUACCUGAACAAGGAGAUGUCCAUCCAGGAGUUGGCCGUUUUGGUGUCUGGACAGAAAUAGCUUGCUUUCUUCUCCAAGAG